ACGCCCCGCCUCCUGCGCUCACGUGACCUCCGUGCGCCUGGUAACAGCGAAAGCGUCUCUCAUGGAGAUGAUGAACUGGAGGAGCUGCGGAAGAUUUAACGCCGAAACGGAUCACGAUGCGCGAUAAAUCCUUCGUUCGCCUACUUUCAACAAGCUCCGACAUAACACGCACACAUGCGAGCCCUUCACAAUAACACUGACACACUGACAGCGAUAACCGGCUAAGCGUCUUAAGGCUUGGGACGGUUUAUUGCAGGAGAUGGAGAUAUUGGUUUGGCCAAAUAUUGCCACAUUGCAUCUUACUUGUUACCUAAUGCGAUGAGGCACUAAUGCACUUAAUAGGAUUCAGGUCGCCCUCCCUGUCUUCCUGUAGCUCUCAGAAGCAAGCUGUGUCCAUACAUAACUGAAUCCAAUACAUAAGUGAUUACCAGCUUAUGCUAGAGACACAACAUCAGCAUCUGUUCUUGGCAGAUCCCAAAAGAGUUUAAAGAUGGCCUGUGCUGUGGAGAGAUGAGUGAGACCUCCUGAUAUCGGGUGAUUAGACGCCCAUACAGGCAUGGGGAAACUACAGAGCAAGUUUCGGCGGCGCUCGGACCUUUACAAGGCCAAAGAGGGGGCGGAGCUCGCACCUGUGCACCAGGUAGUGCAGUAUGAACCCGCUCACACAGAUGCCAUCAACUGUGUCGUCAGCCUGACCUCUGACCUGUGUGUGUCAGGAGGGCAUGACCAGGCUGUUGUUGUCUAUGACUGGAGAGCUGGAAAACGGUGUAAAUCAUUCCAGGGCCACAGCAGAGAGAUUACAAAGCUAUGCUGUUUUAAAGGAAGUUCCUUGAUCUUCAGUGCGUCCCGUGAUAAGACGGUGCUGAUGUGGGAUUUGGGUCGAGAUACAGAACCCGUCCAGGAGUUUUGUGGCCAUGAGCUCGUAGUUAACGGGGUAGCGGUAGGCCCAGAUGGCUCAAAGCUGUGCACGGGUUCUCGUGAUAACUCCAUGCGCCUCUGGGACAUUGAAUCCGGAGAAUGUCUGCAGAAAAACACCAUCUCACGUAACCUGGUAACUCAUCUCUGCUGGGUACCAGGAUGCACAUCUAUUGUCCAAACAUCAGAAGACAAAACUAUCAGAGUGUGGGAUAGCCGUACCUGGCAGGUCACUAACACAUUUCCGGCAAAGCAGUAUAUUCAGACACACUGUGACAUCAGCUCCAACUGUUACCACCUGCUGUCGUCCAGCAAUGGCUUUGGUGGUCAGGGUUGUGAAGCCACGCUGUGGGACCUCAGGCAGCCCGGCUGUAAGGUGGCUGAAUACAGAGGACACCUGCAGACCACGGCAUGCUGCGUGUUUGUGCCCCCCCGUCCUGGAUGUCCUGCCCUCGUGGCGUCAUCGUCGUAUGACAGCUCAGUAAAAAUAUGGGAUCAGAACACUGCAGCAUGUUUGUACACGUUAACGCUGGACGGUUCAGGGCCUUUGGUGUCUCUGGCUCCGUGUGACUCCAGCAGUCUCCUGUGUGCCAGUUUUAACACAGGACUGCACCAGCUGCAUCUAGAUCAGGGAGCAGUGCCCAGCCUCACUGAAGUGGCUCGCUUCUGACGUCCAUCUGGACCGCCUGGAAAAUCAAACUGAUGAGUUAACAUUUAAUAACUGGAACUCCUGGAAUGCACACUGCAUUUCCAAAGUACUGUAUGUGGACACCUUUUUAAACCUUUUAAAGAGAUAGGUCAUCCAGA